AGACAAUCAUCGAUUUUCAUCAUUGAAGAUUCAUGGCGACGUAACGAGUAGCCUGUGCUCUAUGGAUCAAUUGCUAAAUAGCAGCUAUUGCCGCGAUCGUUGUUUUGACAGAGGAUUGUGUUAUGUUCUGGAAAACGAGAACCAUUGUCUGUGCCGUCAACCUUCCGCUUAUGAUGAUUGCCGAGAUGAUAACAUCACCACGACUGCGACUACUACCAUAACUAUUCGUCCAUUUGAACUGUCUACACAAACCAAAAUACUUUGCGGAAUCGUGGCUGUUGUGUUCUUGGGCCUGGCACUGGUCACUCUGAAUUUAUGGCAGCAGAUGUCCACCACAUGGCGAAGUAGUAAGGUGGACCAAGCAAGAGGGAAGAGCAUUUUCUUCUUGCAACACCGUGUUUGAAGAAUCACUCUGCAUUGUUGAAGUGUUAAGUUAUUUUGCUAUAUAGCCGCAAGUUGACUUCCAAGAUUGCGAUCAGGGUAACUUAACUAGUUCAAUUAAGACUGGACUCGAACUGAUUUGAUGAUGUUUGGUAUUAUCCACAUUCCUUGUUCAUUAC